GCUGUUCGCAACAGAGGUGCACCAUCGGUGCGUAGCAGGAAGAACAGGUGCAGACCAACUCGCUGGGGAGAUCUUCGCGUCCCUUUCUCACUCGUAGUCAAGCAGCCGAAUUGCAGGAACGUGUUUCUUGCCACGAAUAUCGCCGAAACUUCUUUGACAAUUCCCCACGUGACCGCCGUAGUUGACGCCGGUUUCUCACGACAGGUGCAAUUCGAUCCGUCCACGGGGCUGCGUGGGUUGCGGACCGUCUGGGCAAGCCAAACCUCGGCCGAGCAGCGUCGCGGCCGCACUGGUAGAACCUGUUCUGGGGUUUGCUAUCGACUGUACCCCGAGAGCAUUUACCGAGAGGUGAUGCCA